UAGAAUAUGGAAAUGUAGAGAGCAACAAAAUGGGAGAAAAAGAAGAGAAGAAAGAAAAAGGCGAGGAGAUCAUCACGGCCGUUUACAAGGUUCACCUUCACUGCCGGAAAUGUGCAUGCGACAUCAAAAAGCCUCUCCUUCGAUUCCAAGGGGUUCAUGGUGUGGAGUUUGAUUUGGAAAAGAAUGAGAUCAAAGUAAAAGGGAAAAUUGAAGUCGUGAAGAUUCACAAGCAAAUCGAGAAAUGGAGCAAGAAAAAAGUUGAGCUUAUCUCUCCCAAACCCUCCGAGGUUAAAAAAACCACAACAACAACAACAACCACUUCUGUGGUAGAGAAGAAGAAGACCACCGAGGUUAAAAAGGAAGUUAUCCGUACGACAGUACUAAAGGUACACAUUCAUUGCGCACAGUGUGACAAAGAUCUUCAGAACAAACUCUUGAAACACAAAGCUAUUCACACGGUAAAGACGGAUACAAAGGCGCAAACCCUAACGGUACAAGGAACAAUAGACUCUGCAAAGCUUUUGACCUAUAUAAAGAAGAAAGUUCACAAACAUGCAGAGAUCAUAAGCUCAAAGACCGAAGAAGAGAAAAAGAAGGAAGAAGAGGAGAAGAAGAAGAAGAAGGAAGAGGAGGAGAAGAAGAAGAAGGAAGGUGAGAAGAAGAAAGAAGAUGUAAAAGUAGAAGUGACCAAAACGAUUACACAAGUUGUGGAGUGGAAAGAGAAAGUAAAAGUUGAGGGUCAAAAAGAUAAAGAUGGAAACAUACCUUACUUCGUCCACUACGUCUACGCUCCACAAUUGUUCAGUGAUGAAAACCCUAAUGCUUGUUGCAUUGUCUAGUUACUGCAGAGUUAUAUAUGUUUGUAGUGUUUUGUUCAUAUAUAUGAAAUCAAUACAGUACUAUAAACCAAAUUAUGUGAUGUUGUACUUGUAUGUUUUUGACAAUAUAGAACGUUCUAUAUGCCUUCUUUUUUUA